CCUUUGUCUACGUGACUACGUCUCCACCCAUUCCGGCAUUUCUUCUCCCCCUGCCGGUUCCCGCUUCCCUCCAUUCCCCUCGCGCGCCUCAGGAAUCCGAGCUCCGCCACCGAGGGCGCAUACUACCACGAGAGUGUAGAACAUACUCGGUUUUUUCUUCCCUUCCGUUUCAGGUUGCCGUGUCAUCCACCACAGGUUUCAUCUCCAUACUAUUUCUUGCGGACCGGUGAACAAAACAAACUCUUCCAGUUGGUUACAGCACGACAUGUGAAAUGAGCUCUUCUACAAGUGGCUUGUUGGAGGAGUAUGCCAUAUAUUUGUAAGAGGGAUUUAUUCCUUUUCGACUCAUGGGCGACUGGAUUAUAGGAGCGUUGAUCAAUAUUGUGGGUAGUGUUGCCAUAAACUUUGGUACUAAUCUUCUCAAAUUGGGCCAUGAUCAGAGAGAAAAGCUCUACUCAAGUAACAAUCAAAGCGAUGGCAAAUUCGUCCCAAGAUCAGUUAUGUAUUUUCAGACUUGGAGAAUAGGUAUACUCUUUUUCGCUGUGGGGAACUGCCUAAACUUCAUGUCCUUUGCAUAUGCCGCACAGUCACUUCUUGCAGCUCUUGGAUCAAUUCAGUUUGUAUCCAAUAUUGCAUUUGCCUACGUUGUGUUGAACAAGACCAUUUCAGUGAAGGUCAUGGUAGCCACAACUUUUAUUGUCUUCGGCAAUGUCUUCUUAGUUUCCUUCGGCAAUCACCAAUCUCCUGUUUAUACUCCGGAGCAGCUGAUUGCGAAAUACAGCAACUUGGUCUUUGUUCUCUAUUGUAUGUCAUUGGUCUUUGUUGUUGCACUCAGUCAAUAUCUCUAUAGGUGUGGAGAGACAAUUCUUUCAGAUAAUGCAAAAGAUACUAGCACACAUUGGCGAACACUGCUGCCCUUUUCUUACGCUAUUGUAUCUGGUGCCAUUGGAUCUUGCUCCGUCUUGUUUGCGAAAUCACUGUCUAACAUGCUGAGGCUGACCAUGAGCAGCAGAUACCAAUUCCACAGCUGGUUCACAUACUCAAUUCUUCUGUUAUUUCUCUGUACAGCUGGAUUUUGGAUGGCGAGACUGAAUGAAGGACUGUCUCUGUUUGAUGCAAUACUGAUUGUCCCAAUGUUUCAGAUUGCAUGGACUUUCUUCUCUAUUUGUACAGGAUUUGUUUACUUUCAAGAGUAUCAAGUGUUUGAUACACUCAGGAUAAUAAUGUUCCUGCUGGGCAUGACAUUUGUCUUCAUAGGCAUAUCCUUGCUAGCACCUGAUGAAAAUAAAGUAGCUGACACCAAAGAUGGCUCUAACGCCACAAAGGACGCGGCAAUUGAUAUGAACAGUGAAGCACAUGUAUCAGGAAAUUGCAGGCCAAGAAAGUUGCCGAUGGAGGAGACGGAAGUAGAUGAUAUGGACUCAUUCUCAACCUCAGUAAAAGUGAAAGCAAAAUGCAUAUUGUCGAGAGCAAAGUCGGCUUGCUCCAUGUCACUUGGCCUUGGGGAGGAGACCAUCAGCGCUUCUUCGGUGCUUGCAAUGCCAAUGGUUUCCUCAAGAACAACAGGGUUUAGGGGAAUUCGAACUGACCGAUCAAAGUACAUUCCCCUGGGGUCCACUGAUUGGGAUAAUCUAUAGCUGGUGAUGUUCUAUAGACACACAAUACAAAUGUUAUUUUUUAUAUUGCCAAUUGGUAAUUGUUUAUACUUCCCAAGGCAAUUGUCUGUUCUGCCUCGUAGUACUAAUUAGCUGUAACAUCAGUGUAUAGUUUCAACAUUUCCACUUGUAACAUUGUCCAUACCCAUGUUGUAAUUGAAACAGCUGCCUGCACUACAUGUAUAAACACACCAUGUUAAAAUAAACUUCAUUGAUUCAAUUCUA